AUGGCCUCGAACAAUACUGUAGGCCAUCACCCUUCAUCGGCGUCAAGACCGUCGCGCAAGCGUCGGCAAGGCGGUCUACGCCCUGCCAUUGCCACUGCGGCAAUGGACGAAAGCUUGGAAGUACCGCGUCAAAUGCAGAUCAGCGCCGGCAAUUUCCCGAAAAGGGCAAAAUUGAAACCUGACGGUGUUUUCCUUCCCCGCGAGUCAUCUCUGGGUAAGUUCAUCAUCGGCGUAUGGGAGCAAAUACAUUCGGGCCUUAUCCUGGAACCGCAUGUUCUUACUGAGCAGCUUCAACUCACUGCCGAUGCAUCGGCCCAUACAAACUCCACGAAUGAAGUUGGGAUAUCAACAGAUCUCUCUACAGCGAGUCUCUCUACAGCGAGUCUCUCGGAAGGCUCGUUCGAUAUGUUCACGCGAGGAAACGUGUUUUGCCAGAGAGUCACCCAGGCGAGUCGGACCUGUCGAUCCAUUGAAGUCAUCGUUCAAGCUCGCUGGAUCGAACUUUUCGAUUCCUACGUCCAACAUCUGACUACUGGAAGCCCUGGAAUCUCACCCACAAGAGCACGCAUGAAAGCGUUAGCUGAAGCCUGUAGCGACUUUGGCUGGAGUGAGAAAGAGCUACGGAACAAAAUGGCGAUUUGGCGAGGCUAUAAGGAGAUCAAAGAUGUGCUGGGCUGGGGAGCUCUGGUAUUCUCUGGAAUGGGCCUGUAUCGCCUUUGCAAAUACCGCAUCGACUUCGAUAAGGACAAGUUCGGUCGAGCACGAGCGUUGAGAGGCCGGAUGGAAGUCGCUGCGGAUACUCUGCACCGCAAUUGGCGUCAACUCCUGGCGAUUGUUGGGGAACCUACCGAGCAACGCUUCACUGGGCAUCCUCACGACUGGGUUGUCUACCAAGAUGGAUCGGAUCCGGUUCCCCUUCGAUCAACGUAUCUACAAUACGACCCGAAUUUUAGCUUUGAACAUGUUGACGAAUGUGUCGUCGACACCACGUGGUGGGGAGCUGAUGAUCCUCGCUGGAUGCCGCCGGCUUCUCGCUCUCGAAGCAUUACAAACAAAAACACUUGUGUAUUGUGCGAUCAAGUCCAGUCGGGCGAUGCCGUAUACAACUCAUGUAAAUGUUUCUCCAGCUUAUUCAGCGGACCGAGGCUACCACCUGCUGUGCAAAUCUUUAGAACUUCUGACGGUCGCAACAACGGCCUCCAAGCCCUCGUUCCCUUCGAGAGAGGCGUCGCCAUUGGAGAAUUCACAGGGCUCGUGACAAAAGGCAUCAAAGACCAAGACGUGCUCGAUAGCAAGGUCGGUGACACACGGUACCAGAUAUGGCAGGGCAGACAGGGCAACUUUACAAGGUUUGUUAAUCACAGUUGCAAGCCGAAUGCACAAUUUGAGAAGUUUACGUGGCUGGGGACAGAACAUAUUCUGCUGGUGAGCAACGGAAUUGAGGCUGGUAUGGAGAUCACGGUUGACUACUCUGGAAGCUACUGGCGAGGGUUGGAUAAGAAUUGUCUUUGUGGUGAAGUUUGCUGCAGGUAUAAAGCAAGCGAUGAAACGUGA